AUGCCAACGUGGCGGCAAUCAAGUGGCUGCGAUCGCAGUUACCAGACCAGCCCCUACGAGGUUGGGUCUUGGAUGAGAGGCGAGCCUAUCGGCAGAUCCAAAUCCCGAUAUCGCCGUCCCAUCGGAAGUGGCAUGUGGUCAUUUGUGAUGGUGGGCUACUCGUUCGGGCUUGCGUCUGCGGUCUACAACUACAACGGCCGCUCGGCGGCCAUCACCGACAUCCUUCGGCGGGUGUUCACCGUUGCUAACUUCUAUGACGACGGGUACGGCUUCGAGCCUUCCGGCACGGCCGAAGGAGCGUUCGCUCUGGUCGAGCAGGUCCAUUGGUGGUUGGGUUCUCGGUUCGACCAACAGAAACUUCAGCUGUGCUCUGAGCUCUUCGACGACAUUUCCUUGAUACUGGAGCGCGACGAGCCGCGCGGUUUGCUCGGUGGGGUGCGGGGCCUUGCGCUCAAGGAGGCUAAGAGCUCGAUGCUCGCCGUGCAGCUAAGCCAAUGGCCGAUCCCGUCCCUGUCGGUUCGCCUCGACUGCUCGUGCCUGAUAACGCCGCGCUCAAGGUCAAACACACUGUGA